AAACUGGACCGACAUAUAGACGACGAGACAAAUAAAAUAGAUAUGAAGACAAUCACUGAAUUGGAUCAAGCGGUCAGUGAACAACAGCUAACCCUCGAGAGGGCCGGCGUUCCCGGCUUUUACGUGACCAGUAAUCCGACUGAAAUCCAACUCCAGAGGUAUAUCUUGGACUUUAUUGUGAGGACGUGUACGGAUCAGACACAGCAAUAG